AUGCAGCACAGACACAGUAAACUGAUGAACAAAUUUCCCGGUGACAAUCGGUUCCUUUGCUGCCCUUUUCCCCUCAACGGCGUGCUAGUUCCCGAGACUCUUUACAAGCUCUGUGGCGUCGUCGUCGUCAGAGCCUCGGCUCGGGAUAUCAAUUCGCUCCGGGUCCCCGCUGGCUUUUUACUGCCUCUAUUAAGUCUCCAGGACUACAGACGACUGCGUAGAGCCCGGUAUCUACCUCUAUUCCCCGCAAAUCUACCUAUGCUGCCAGCUUAUAUGGAGCGGCCGAUCCAACCGCGUUCCAAUCUUGUGUGCGUUGCGUGCCACGAACGAAAGGUAAAAUGUAACCUGCAAGAAAGUCUAGACAGUGGCUGCAAGAACUGUCGUCGCUCAAGCCAAACCUGCAUAAGCCGCAAGGGGAGAAGACCUCGAGACCGGCUGCGGAAGCGCCGGAAGCCGCAGGGCCUGCAGUCCCCCCGGGUGCCGGAGCCGUCUUUUGUAGCCAUCGCGCCAACUCUGGUCAAGCGGGCUGACAACGACAACGUGCAAAACAAUGCACCGUACAAGCUGGACGAGCUGUCCCCACGGCCCGAUGCUUUUAUUUCACGCAGCGUCGUCAUGUCGUACGACACCAAUCGCGAAAACAUCGGCCGCGAGGAGCUGCUCCACCCCCGGCCCACCGUCCGCGAGGCCGUGCUCAAAGUCACGCAGGCCGAUGUGCUCCCCCGGCCGGCCCUGCGCCUGGCUCUUGUAGAUGCCUUCUUCGAACACUUCUACCACUUUUGCCCCGUGAUCGACGCUGCCGACCUGGCCGGGCCUGAGCCUUCACUACUACUGCAGCAGACGGUUUGCCUUGCAGGGAGUCUGAUGAGGCACGACGGCGAGAGCGUCAAUCUGACCAUCUCCCUAUACGAAAAGGUCAAGACGCUGAUAUUCCUCAACGUUGAGUCCAACAAACUGGCCCUGCUGAAAGCACUCUGCAUUUUACCCUUCUACAGCGUUCUCCGGACCGACCAGGUUUCGCUCGACGGGCCGUGGCACUGGCUCGGCGUCGCCAUCCGCACGAUGAUACAGAUGGGUGUGCACAAGGAUGCGACGACGUGCACCGACCCCGCCGCAACGAUCGGCUGUCGCCGCCGCAUAUUCUGGUAUCUUAUUCAAGCGGAUAACAUGAGCACUGUCUGCUGGGGACGUCCCUCCGCCCUUCCGCUCAGUGAGUGCAAUGUCCAGCCAAUAAACCUCAAUGAUUUCGAAAUGCCGAAUUUGCAGGCUACCGUCUUCGUUUACAUGCAAAGGCUCGAGAGCAUCACGAGAAAUCUCGCGCAGCUGCAUAUGAGACAGGCAGUUGCACCAGCCGAGGACAUUUCGGUCAUCUCAGAAGCCCUCGCCGGCUGGGUACAGACCUUACCCAAAGAACUCCAGCUGUAUGAUCCCACUGGAUCUCGGCAGCCAUUUUACCGUCCAGCACUAGAGCUCAUGAUCAUGUAUUUUUCGCUCGUUGUUUUGCUUCAGAUGUUGAACCCGGUUACGAGCCAGAGGCGGAUAUCAAUCCCUUCCCUCGCUACCUCCUCGUGCAUGGUCCGUCUGUAUGAGGAGAUUGAGUGCAGGGAGCACACGGCAUAUCUGCUCCCCAUACAUGGCAUGAUGUGCAUGAUAGCCGCUGUUCCCCUGAUCUACUACCGUCCUCAAAAUCGCGAAUUAGAAUCGCAACGUGUCGCAGAAAUCGCGAUAAUCUGUUCCAUAUUGACCCGCUUACGUGACAGGUAUGGCGGAUCAGAUCUCGUAUUAAAUAAAAUCCAGCGUCUACAGCGUCUAGUCAACAACGAGAAAGAGUCUGAGCAGGGCCCUUGGUGCGGCAAUGGAGACACAAUGGAGGAGCCAUCGCGGGACGCUCUUGAUCGGGUCUACGAGCUGCUCCCGUUCCCUGCAAGCUUUUGCAGCGGCAUGGAGCUGCUCAAGUGUCAGAAGAACAAUUCCAACAACCAGUUGGGGCCCGGGGAAUUCAUAUGCAUGGACGACGAUUUCGCAGAUAUGUCGUCCGAAUUUGUCUUUCCAUUAAUGGAUACCUUGGGGAUGGAUUUGUCCGCUUUCGACAGCAUGCCAGAUUCAAGUCAGAUCGACUGCGACCCAUACGAACAGUAG